AUGGCUACCACCGUGGACAAAAUCAAGGAGAUCGAGGCCGAAAUGGCUCGGACCCAGAAGAACAAGGCCACUUCUUUUCAUCUGGGCCAGCUCAAGGCCAAGCUGGCCAAACUGAAGAGGGAGCUCUUGACACCGUCAUCCUCUGGCGGUGGUGGUGGCAGUGGAUUUGAUGUUGCCAGAACUGGUGUUGCAUCCGUCGGCUUUAUUGGGUUCCCUUCGGUGGGAAAGUCCACCUUGAUGAGCCGCUUGACAGGACAACACUCUGAAGCCGCUGCAUACGAAUUCACCACCCUCACUACCGUCCCCGGCCAAGUCCUGUACAAUGGUGCCGCCAUUCAGAUGCUGGAUCUGCCCGGUAUCAUUCAGGGUGCAAAAGACGGCAAGGGUCGUGGCCGUCAAGUCAUUGCCGUCGCCAAAACUUGCCACCUGAUUUUCAUUGUCCUCGAUGUGAACAAACCACUGACGGACAAGCGGGUCAUUGAGGCGGAGCUGGAGGGGUUUGGCAUCCGCAUCAACAAGGAACCGCCCAACAUCGUUUUCAAGAAGAAGGACAAAGGCGGCUUGAAUAUCACGAGUACAGUUCCCCUGACACAUAUCGACCAUGACGAAAUCAAAGCUGUCAUGAAUGAGUAUCGGAUUUCGUCGGCCGAUAUUGCCAUCCGUUGCGACGCCACGAUUGACGAUUUGAUUGAUGUCUUAGAAGCCAAGAGCAGGAGUUACAUUCCCGUAAUAUACGCCCUCAACAAAAUCGAUUCGAUAACCAUUGAGGAAUUGGAUCUACUCUACCGCAUCCCGAACGCCGUUCCCAUCAGUUCCGAGCACGGGUGGAACAUUGACGAGCUCCUGGAACAGAUGUGGGAAAAGCUGCAAUUAAAACGUAUCUACACAAAACCGAAGGGGAAACAGCCCGAUUACAGUGCGCCGGUCGUAUUGAGAAAGAAUGCUUCAACGGUGGAAGACUUUUGCAAUGCCAUCCACAAGACGAUCGUAGAGCAAUUCAAGCAUGCGAUUGUAUAUGGGAGAUCUGUCAAGCACCAACCCCAACGGGUAGGACUUGCGCAUGAACUGGCCGACGAAGAUAUCAUCACUAUCAUCAAAAAGUGA